AAACUUUAACCAAAGGCUCACGCGCGCCGUGACUGGACGAGGCGGUCUGUCACGUGACCGCACACGUCAUCAGUGUAAUGGCUGCCUCCUCUCCACGCUAACACAAGAAACGGCGGAGUUUUAAAAAUAGUUCACAGCUAAAGGCUCGCUUCUUUAAGACGCUGCUAUGUCCCCAAAGAUCACAGUGGAGCUCCUCAGGCAGCUCCGACAUGCUAUGAGGAAUGGCAAGUUCAUCACAGAGCCCAUUCAAGCUUACAUUAUCCCAUCAGGAGAUGCACACCAGAGUGAAUACAUCGCGCCCUGUGACUGCCGUCGUGAGUUCAUCUGUGGAUUCAACGGCUCGGCGGGUACUGCUAUUGUCACAGAACAACAUGCUGCUUUGUGGACAGAUGGGCGAUAUUUCCUGCAGGCCAGCCAGCAGAUGGACAAUAACUGGACUCUGAUGAAAAUGGGACUGAAGGAAACACCAUCUCAGGAGGAUUGGCUCAUCAGCGUUCUCCCUGAAAACUCCAAAGUUGGUGUUGAUCCAUGGAUUAUUGCUGCAGACCAGUGGAAGAACAUGUCUAAAGCUCUGAGCAGUGCCGGUCACUCAUUGGUUGCUGUGCAGGACAACCUUAUCGAUGCCAUUUGGGAGGAUCGGCCGCCCAGACCCAGCACCAAACUCAUCACCCUCGCUCUCAAAUACACAGGUCUCACUUGGCAAGAUAAAGUUGUGGCAUUAAGAGGGAAAAUGGCAGAAAGGAAGAUUUCCUGGUUCGUGGUCACAGCUUUGGAUGAAAUUGCGUGGCUGUUUAACCUUCGUGGGUCAGACAUCGAGUAUAACCCCGUCUUCUUUGCUUAUGCCAUCAUCGGCAUGAACAACAUAAAGCUGUUUGUGGACAGCAAACGUUUGUUAGACCCUGCGGUCCGAGAACAUUUAGAACUGGACGGCCCGAGCAAACCCGAGCUGACCGUGCAGUGUUUCCCAUACGAAUCUGUCUAUACAGAACUGCAGGCUGUUUGUGCCGCCCUGACGCCCAAAGAAAAAGUCUGGAUUUGUGACAAGGCCAGCUGUGCCUUUACACAGGCCAUACCUAAGAUUCACAGAUCUGCCAUCCCUUACACACCUUUAUGUCUGGCUAAAGCCGUCAAAAACCCCACAGAGAUCCAGGGCAUGAAGAUGGCACAUAUCAAAGAUGCGGUGGCGCUAUGUGAACUGUUUGCCUGGUUGGAGAAAGAGAUUCCGAAAGGCACGGUCACAGAGAUAUCAGCAGCAGAUAAAGCCGAGGAAUUAAGGAGUCAACAGAAAGACUUUGUUGGACUGAGUUUUCCAACCAUCUCCAGUGUGGGAUCCAAUGGCGCCAUCAUACAUUACCGUCCUCUCCCAGAAACCAACAGGACACUUUCUCUUAAUGAGGUUUAUCUCAUUGACUCUGGGGCACAGUACAAAGACGGCACCACAGAUGUGACCCGUACGGUGCAUUUUGGAAAUCCAUCCGACUAUGAGAAAGAAUGCUUUACAUAUGUGCUAAAGGGACACAUCGCUGUCAGUGCCGCAGUUUUUCCCAAUGGGAUUAAAGGUCACCUGUUGGAUUCGUUUGCUCGCGCUGCUCUUUGGGAGUCUGGAUUGGACUAUCUUCACGGUACAGGUCACGGUGUUGGAUGUUUCCUUAACGUUCACGAAGGUCCUUGUGGCAUCAGCUACAAAACAUUUGCUGACGAACCACUGGAGGCAGGGAUGAUUGUCAGUGAUGAGCCUGGAUAUUAUGAAGAUGGAUCCUUUGGGAUUCGGCUGGAAAACGUUGUCCUGGUUGUUCCCUUCAAAACCAAAUAUAAUUUCAGGAAUAAAGGUAGUUUGACUUUCGAACCCCUCACGUUGGUCCCUAUUCAGCUGAAGAUGAUCAACCAAGACUUGCUUACGCAAAAAGAGCGUGAUUGGUUGAACGACUACCACAAGCAAUGCCGGGAAACGGUUGGGGCGGAGCUAGAGCGGCAGGGCAGGAAGGAGGCUCUGGAUUGGCUGAUCCGGGAAACUCAGCCUAUUGUCUAAAUUUGUUGUUUACUGCUUUUUU